AUGAAUAAAGAAAAGGAACUCAUAGAGAAUAACUUUUACUAUUAGGAUAUGCUUGAUGAGAAUGUUGAAAUGAAUGAUUAUUGCCUGUAUGAGAAUAUGGAGAUUGUUCAAUAACCAAUUGAAAAUAAAAACUUCACUCUGAUUGGUAUUCUAAAUUAAAUGAACCUAAAUGAGAAUACGGAAAUGAUAGUAGAAGAGCCCAACUAUUGA